GUGUACGUACCGCUAAAUGUUGUAGGUAUGCAUUGGGUUUUAGCGGAAAUUGACCUUCAAUCAAAAGUGGUGCGUGUGUAUGACUCAAUGAAAACAAGUAGGUCAAGGUUGCAUGCCUCAAAGUUAUGCGUGAGACUUCCGCUCCUCUUCCGAGUCAUACAAGUCCACCCAGAUGUGCGUGAGGCAAAGCAAUGGAAUGCUGAGGCAGUGGCAGAUGUACCGCAACAGAAGGGAGGAACUGUUUGUGGACUCAUGGUAAUUUCUUAUACGGAGGCACUGAUGUUGGGACUACCCUUGAGCCCACAUUGCGAGUAUGCGAACGUGGCCAGAAAGAGAUGGCACUUUGCCCUGCGACUUUGGAAUUUGAGGAAGACAGUUUCUUAGACACAUGCACUUUUCUAUUUUUUGCUCACAUCCAAAUGUAUAAUUUUUUGCUCAUGUAAAAACAUUGGUACGGCCAUGAUGAUGACGGUUC